UCACUAGUGGGCGCCAAGUGCACAAUUUUUCCUCUUCACUGCUUUCCAAAUCUCACACCUCAGCAAGUGAACUGAACUCUCUAUCUCCUCUCUCUCUCUCUCUCUCUCUCUCUCUCUCUAGCCUUUUGCCCUCAGUCCUCCUUUGCCUCCAUCAUCCACUAGCUCUGUGCUUUUUUCAUUGUCAUUGACUCUAAUCUCUCUCUCUCUCUCUAAACUGGUACAAGUGAAAUCCAUUUCUGCAUUCAUUGAACAAAACCCAGAGAGGAUUUCUCUCUCAAAUCAGUGUUCUUUGAUUCAUUUGGUGAAAACCCUUUUGGGUUUAGAGGCAAAUUAAGGGUCUUGAACUGGGCAGAAGCCAUGGAAGCUCCAAAACCAGAAGAGAUAAGCCAUCCAGCAAUGGACCAACUCCAAGGCUUAGAGUACUGCAUUGACUCAAAUCCCUCUUGGGCGGAAGCAAUUGCUUUGGGUUUUCAGCACUACAUUUUGGCCUUGGGAACUGCUGUGAUGAUCCCCACAUUCCUUGUUCCUUUCAUGGGUGGUGAUGAUAGUGACAAAGUGAGAGUAGUGCAGACUCUCCUUUUUAUUCAAGGAAUCAACACACUUCUACAAACAUUGUUUGGAACCCGAUUGCCAACCGUGAUUGGAGGGUCUUACGCAUUCAUGGUCCCGAUAAUAUCCAUAAUUCAUGAUUCACGCUUGAUGAAGAUUGAGGACAAUCAUGCGAGAUUCCUUGACACCAUGAGAGCAGUCCAAGGGGCUCUGAUAGUAGCUUCAAGCAUACAAAUUAUUCUGGGAUAUAGUCAAAUUUGGGCCAUCUGUUCCAGGUUCUUCAGCCCUCUCGGAAUGGUUCCAGUUAUUUCCUUGGUGGGUUUUGGUCUGUUUGAUAGAGGCUUCCCCCUGGUUGGAAAGUGUGUGGAAAUUGGCAUUCCUAUGCUUAUUCUUUUUGUAGCUUUCUCUCAGUACCUAAAGAACUUCCAUGCAAGGCAGCUACCAGUAUUGGAACGAUUUGCUUUUCUUAUAUCAGUCACAGUGAUAUGGGCAUAUGCACACCUCUUGACCGCCAGUGGUGCAUACAGACACCGCCCCGACAUAACCCAAGUCAAUUGCCGAACUGAUAGGGCCCACCUCAUUUCUUCUGCUCCAUGGAUAAAAAUACCUUAUCCUCUUCAAUGGGGUGCCCCAACCUUUGAUGUUGGUCAUGCUUUUGGAAUGAUGGCUGCCGUUUUUGUUUCAUUGAUCGAGUCAACUGGAGCAUACAAGGCUGCAUCGCGUCUAGCAAGUGCCACAAUACCUCCAGCUCAUGUUCUCAGCCGUGGAAUUGGCUGGCAGGGAAUAGGAAUCCUACUAAGUGGACUCUUUGGGACGUUAUCAGGCUCAACAGUCUCUAUAGAAAAUGUGGGGCUUCUUGGGAGCACUCGUGUUGGAAGCCGUAGGGUCAUUCAAAUCUCAGCCGGUUUUAUGAUAUUCUUCUCCAUGUUAGGUAAAUUUGGAGCUCUGUUCGCAUCAAUACCCUUCACCAUAUUUGCUGCUGCAUAUUGUGUAUUAUUUGGUCUUGUUGCUUCGGUGGGGUUAUCCUUUUUGCAAUUCACGAACAUGAACUCAACGAGGAACCUCUUUAUUGUUGGUGUAGCUUUCUUCUUGGGUUUGUCUGUUCCCGAGUACUUCAGGGGUUACACUUUGAAGGCUUUCCAUGGUCCUGCUCAUACCAAUGCCGGAUGGUUCAAUGAUUUUCUGAAUACCAUCUUCUCCUCAUCUCCAACUGUGGCAUUGAUUGUCGCCGUUUUCCUGGAUAACACACUUGAGUACAAGGACAGUGCAAGAGACAGAGGAAUGCCGUGGUGGGUCAAAUUUCGGCAAUUCAAAGGGGACAGCCGCAACGAGGAGUUUUACACUCUCCCUUUCAACCUGAACCGAUUCUUCCCUCCAUCUUAAAGUAGCACAGUGAUCAGUCCAUGGUCCAAAAAGAUGUUUAGAGGAAAAAGAUCAUUUCCAGAUAGGGAUUAGAACAUACAUGUUCUCUUAAAUGCAGGGAAAUGAUGACAGUGCUUCUGCUGCCCUAUGUUUUCGUAUUAUACUUUGACUCGGAUUAUACGGGUUUAAUCCAAUAAGUUUAAUUAGUCCA